GGCGGGGACGAGCACUCCGGUACCCUCCCGGAGCCGCGGCGAGCGGCUUGCGUGGGUUUCGGGGCGGCGGGGGAUGAAGGCGACCUGGCUGGGCGUGGAUGUGGCCCGGGUGCUGCACUUGGCCGCCGUUUUCUGCCUGACCUGCGUGCUGCUGAAGGCCAUCCAGCUCUACCACCGGCGGAGGGAGCUGCUCCGGGCUCUGGCCGCCUUCCCCGGGCACCCCACGCACUGGCUGCUCGGGCACGUCCACGAGUUUCUCAAAGAGGAAGAGGCGCUGGACAAGGUAGAGGUCUGGUCACAGAAGUACCUGUAUGCCCACCCUCUCUGGUUUGGGAGCUUCUCGGCAUUCCUGGUUGUCACCGAUCCCGACUAUGCCAAGGCCCUGUUUGCCAGAGGAGAUCCCAAGGAUAACAUCAGCUAUAAACACCUUAUCCCAUGGAUUGGGGAAGGGUUGCUGAUCCUACAUGGGCCAAAAUGGCAUCAACAUCGAAAGCUCCUGACACCGGGGUUUCAUUACGACGUCCUGAAGCCUUACGUAGUCCUGAUGGCAGAGUCUACCGACGUGAUGCUGGAUAAAUGGGAAAAGCUGGUCACAGAUGGGAAACCAGUGGAGCUCUUCGAGCAUGUCAGCUUGAUGACUCUUGAUAGCAUCAUGAAAUGUGCCUUCAGCUAUCACAGCAACUGCCAGACCAACAGGAAAAACACCUACAUCCAGGCCGUCUACGACCUGUGCCAGAUGGUGCACCAGCGACUCCGCAUCUUCCCCUACCACAACGACUUCAUUUACUGGCUCAGCCCCCACGGAUUCCGGUUCAGGAAGGUCUGCCAGCUCGCUCAUGACCACACAGACAAGGUGAUCCACGAGCGGAAGGAGUCCCUUAAAGAUGAACGGGAAUUUGAGAAGAUCCAGAAGAAGAGGCAUUUGGACUUCCUGGACAUUCUGCUCUGUGCCAAGGACGAGAAUGGAGCUAGCCUGUCUGAUGAGGACCUGCGUGCUGAGGUGGACACGUUCAUGUUCGAGGGGCAUGACACGACGGCCAGCGGGAUCUCCUGGCUCUUGUACUGCAUGGCACUGCACCCCGAGCACCAGGCGCGCUGCAGGGAGGAGAUCCAGGGCAUCCUGGGUGACCGGGAGACACUUCAGUGGGAGGACCUGGGGAAGAUGACUUACAGCACCAUGUGCAUCAAGGAGAGCCUUCGCCUUUACCCGCCGGUCCCCGGCGUGUCCCGGCAGCUCAACAAACCCAUCACCUUCCACGACGGACGCACCUUGCCAGAAGGCUGCGUCGUCGCGAUUAGCAUUUAUGCCAUUCACCGAAACCCCAUGGUAUGGAAAGAUCCUUUGGUGUUUGACCCUUUGCGGUUUUCUCCGGAGAACACGUCUGGCAGGCACUCUCAUGCCUUUCUGCCUUUUGCUGCUGGAAUCAGGAACUGCAUCGGGCAGCAGUUUGCCAUGAACGAGUUGAAAGUGGCCCUGGCCCUGACCCUGCUCCGCUUCGAGCUGUCCCCUGACCCAGCCAAUCCCCCCGUGAAGAUACCUCAGAUCAUCCUUCGCUCCAAGAACGGCAUUCACCUGCACUUAAAGAAAAUCCACUGAUGCUGGGAAAUGGCCUGAGAGGCAGCAGGAGGGACCGAGUGGAGAAGAAAACAAUGCUUCCCUGGGACAAAAGGUGCACAGCAGGCUUUGGGGAUGAGGAUUCCUCAUUCCUGCGCUGCUGCCAGCAGCUGAACGUGUCCCCAUGGUCACCUCGGUGCCCGCACCUCCCCAGUGCCUGCAGGUCAGCUUGGGGCAGACCUCGCCUCUCUUUUCCUGCUCAGUGCCUGAUUACACUCAAUGCACUGAUUAUAGUUUGGGCCCCGAACUUCUGCUCAAACUGCAAAAUAGGCUGUAAUUUUUGCAUUAAUAAACCAGUAAUUCCUGUACCAGCC